AUGCCUCGAGACAGUCUGAUCACCUCUGAGAAUGACAUUGAAAUUGGACUGGAAUUUACAGGGGACGAGGAUGACGUUUUCACUGUUCAAGACGAACUUGAGAGAGAAGAACGCAGAAGAAAAAGAAGGGAUGGUGACAGGGAAAAGAAAAAGAGGGGAAAUAGGAGGAGAAAGGGAGCAUCUAGAGCAGGAGAAGGGGAAGAUGAAUUACAGGCCAGGCCUGAGAAAACAGAGAGGGGUAGGAGAAGGAGAGCAAGGAAUGAUCAAGAAGCAGAAGGAAGAGUGAGGGACGAAGAGGGGCAGGCCAAAAUAAAAAGUGGUAAGGUGGCAAAAACGCGGAAGAAUAUCAGAAAUGAAGAAACAAGAAAAAUGGAGCAGGAGGAGGGAGAACCUGAAGAAAGAAAUGCCAAGGGAAAAAAGAAACACAGAAGUGCCAAAAAUGAAGAGAAAGAAGAGGAAGGAGGUAAACGUACAGUAAAGAAGGAAGCACAGAAAGUGAAGAAGAAAAAACACAACAAAGUAGUUGAAACAAGUUCAGAGCAGGAGACAAGUGAGGAAGAUGACAAAGAAGAAGAGGACAAUGAGGAGAAAGAGUUGAGGCCAGAGUCUCUGUCACCAGAGGAGCUGGAGAAGCUGAAGGAGGCAGUUGAGGAGAGGAAGAAACUGAUCCAAGGUCUGAGGGGGAAACCUUGGCCAAUGAAAAAGAAACUUGUAACUUUACGAGAGUCUCAGGAGUUUGUGGAGAAGUAUGAGGGAGCUUUGGGGAAAGGGAAAGGCAGGAAGCUCUAUGCAUACAAGGUCAUGAUGACCAAGAAAUGGAUGAAGUUUCAACGGGACUUUGAAAACUUUAAAACUGCCUGCAUUCCAUGGGAAAUGAAAAUCAAGGACAUUGAAAGUCAUUUUGGCUCCUCAGUUGCCUCUUACUUUAUCUUCCUGAGGUGGAUGUAUGGAAUCAACAUGAUCUUGUUUGGUCUGACCUUUGGCUUGGUUAUGGUGCCAGAGGCAUUAAUGGGGCGGCCCUAUGGCAGCAUCCCAAGAAAGACUGUCCCCAGGGCUGAGGAGGCCAGUGCCAUGGACUUUGCUGUCCUUUGGGACUUUGGAGGUUACGCUCAGUAUUCAGUCCUCUUCUACGGGUACUACAACAGCCAGCGUGCCAUUGGCUGGCUCAAGUUUCGUAUGCCUCUGUCAUACUUCCUGGUUGGUGUGGGAACAGUGGCCUAUAGCUAUAUGGUGGUCAUAAGAACGAUGGCCCGUAAUGCAAAUGAGUCGGGAGUUGGAGAUGAUAACAGCUUUAAUUUCAGUUGGAAAAUGUUCACGAGCUGGGACUACCUGAUAGGAAACACUGAAACAGCAGACAAUAAGUUUGCCUCCAUAACCACCAGUUUCAAGGAGGCAAUCUUGGAGGAGCAAGAGAGCCACAAGGAUGACAACAUCCAUCUGACUCGUUUUCUCCGUGUGCUGGCCAACUUCCUGGUCUUAUGCUGCUUAGCAGGAAGUGGAUACCUCAUCUACUUUGUAGUGCGUCGCUCUCAGAAGUUUGCCCUUGAUGGACUGGAUAGUCACAGCUGGUGGGAGAGGAAUGAGGUGAACAUGGUCAUGUCAUUGCUGGGGAUGUUCUGCCCCAUGUUGUUUGACGUCAUCAGCACCCUGGAGAACUACCACCCUCGUGUUGCCCUGCAGUGGCAGCUGGGUCGCAUCUUUGCCCUCUUCCUUGGAAAUCUCUACACCUUCAUCAUUGCACUCAUGGAUGAGAUCAACCUCAAAAGGGAAGAGGAAAAGAUAGUAAAGUUUAAUAUAACCACGUGGGAAGCCAGUCUUUACAAUGGUACAAUAUCCGAAAACAGCACUGCUCCACCCAACACUAUCCACCCUGCUGAUAUGCCCAGAGGGCCCUGCUGGGAAACCAUGGUGGGGCAGGAGUUUGUCCGGCUGAUCAUAUCUGAUACUAUGACAACCUACAUCACACUGCUAAUUGGUGAUUUCCUGAGAGCUGUGCUUGUUCGCUUUCUCAACUACUGCUGGUGUUGGGACCUUGAGGCCGGAUUUCCGUCCUACUCUGAAUUUGAUGUCAGUGGCAAUGUCCUGGGUCUGAUCUUCAAUCAAGGAAUGAUAUGGAUGGGUGCUUUCUAUGCUCCCUGCCUGCCUGCCUUGAACGUCCUCCGGCUCCAUGUGUCCAUGUACCUGCAGUGCUGGGCUGUGAUGUGCUGUAAUGUGCCUCAGGAAAGAGUCUUCAAGGCCUCUGGCUCCAAUAACUUCUACAUGGCCAUGCUGCUGGUCAUCCUUUUCCUUUCCACUCUUCCUGCCAUCUACACUAUCGUCACUAUCCCCCCUUCCUUUGACUGCGGACCCUUCAGUGGGAAAAAACGUAUGUUUGAUGUGAUCCAAGAGACUCUUGAGUCGGACUUCCCUGCCUGGUUUGGUAAAGUGUUCAGCUAUGCCUCUAACCCUGGACUGGUGCUACCCUUCAUAUUGCUUAUGGUACUGGCCAUUUAUUACUUGCAAUCCACAUCCAAAAGCUACAAAGAAGCCAAUGUGGAUCUUAAGAAAAAACUACAAACGCAAAAUGAGGAGAACAAGAAGAAGAACAAACAAGCAGCACUGAAGGCACAAAUGGAUCUAGAGGAGGCCAGACAAGCUACAUCAUCACAGGCUGAACAGCAACAAAAGAACAACAACGCUUCACGACAAGACCAAGAGGAUGAGGAAAAAUACCAGGGCAGUAGUCAGCGGGUAUAUCAUGGUAAGAAUGGACGCAACCCUGCUACUCAGCUUAGAGACCAAGAGCGCCAUCUUCCAGCCACCAGAGUCCCUGUCCCCAGGACCUAUCACCAUGGAGACCACGGAGCUCCUGGGUACCUGCCCGGUUUCCCUCGGCAAAGUGAACUCAGGAUGCACAGGGAGCCAAGCCUGCAGAGACACUGAGGGACAUGGAUGUCUGACUUCUGAUCAUCUGAUACCUGCAUGGCCAUAUCCAGUGUCCCAGUAGCUGAAUCUGCUCUGCACUGGACACUGAGUGGUCCUGUCAUCAUUAACCUGCCAUUUAGUUGACCUGUCAGCCAAAUGUAAAAGUAAUGCUGUUGUCUCAUUAGUUAAACUUGAUUGUGAUUCAAAAUCUUGUUUAACUGAAAUUUAAGAUGUGUGCAAUGUAAGGGUUGUCACUGAGAAAUAAAAAUUUGUGUCUAAACCAUUU